AUAAAGAGGGCUACUGGCAAAAGAACAAUUUGCAGAGAUUCUCUUGGUUGAACCAUGAAAAUGAACCUAGGCAUUCCUCUGGUCGACGAAGAUUACUUGGAUAUCAAAGUACCACACAACGUACAUUGGCGCCCAUCAUAUAUUGUUGGGUAUUUGGUAUCUAACCAUGUAGCUCGUCCGAUUUAUGUCCGUAGGGGCGCAGCAGCGACUCACCGAUACCACCCAUGCAGCCAAACACCAUUCACACCGCCCGGCCCUUCACGUCUCGCAACCUCCUCGUGGGCCAGGUCAUGGCCGCCAUGCUGCAGGACCGCCCCUUCGGCCCCGCCCUCACCCCCUCCCCCGACUUUCCCGGCUGGACCUCCGCCGCCGUCAUCGACGUCCUCGCCACCAUCCCCCGCUUCUUCUUCCUCAGCCCCCGCUCUAUCGGCCGCCAGCACUCCUUCCGCCACCGCUCCCCUAUCCGCCGCCGCAGCCUCCGUCACGAGUCUGCUGACCUCGGCCGCGGCCUCCGCCUCCACGGCCCCCCCGCCUACCGCGACCCCGCCAAGGUAAAACUAGGCGUCGCCAAGGCCUUGGAGUUCUACUCCUGGGUGGAAUCCCGGUGCGGCUUCCUCCACGACCAGCUCACAUGCCGGGAGAUGUCCCGCCUCCUGGCCAAGGCCAACAGGCUCCCGACCCUCUGGCGGUUCCUCCGUUCGAAUGAGGCCCUCGUCGGCACCGCCACCGUGACGUCGGUCAUCAAGAUUCUCGGCGAGGAGGGUCUCACCAGGGAAGCACUGGCCGCAUUCUACCGCAUGAAGCAACUCCACUGCAAGCCUGACGUGCAGUGCUACAACACCGUCAUCUCGGCCCUGUGCAGGGUCGGAGACUUCAACAAGGCGAGAUUUUUAUUGAACCAGAUGGAGAUGCCCGGUGCUCCGUGCCCGCCUGAUACGUACACCUAUACGAUUUUGAUCAGCUUCUACUGCAAGCGGAGCUUGCAGACCGGGUGUCGCAAGGCCAUUAGGAGGAGGAUCUGGGAGGCGAAUCAUAUGUUUCGGAGGAUGUUAUUCAAAGGCUUUGUUCCUGACGUCGUCACGUAUAAUUGCUUGAUCGAUGGGCUCUGCAAAACGUACCGCGUCGAGAGGGCACACGAGCUCUUCGACGAUAUGCUUCUUAAGGGUUGCUCCCCGAAUAGGGUCACGUACAAUUCUUUCAUUAGGUACUACAGUGCUGUUAAUGAGGUUGAUAAGGCCAUUGAGAUGAUGAGAGCAAUGCUGUUGAGGAAACAUGGCACACCCACCUCGAGUUCAUAUACACCAAUUAUACACUCCCUGUGUGAGACAGGAAGAGUUGGGGAGGCAAGGGAUUUUCUGGUGGAGAUGGUUGAUGGUGGAUCUAUCCCGAGAGAAUUCACAUAUAAUCUAGUCUGCGGUACAUUGAAUGGUGCAGGGCACGAAGAUUUGCCAGAUGAGCUGCACAGAAGGAUAGAAGAAGGAAUUGAUGCUAGAUUUCGACAGGUGAUGGGAGUAAAGCCUGUGAUGGGUGGCAGGACCAGAUCCACUCAGGAGCAGAUGUAUAUUGGAUGUAUGACAUGUAAUGAACAAGUGAAGGGAAUUUGCUAUCUGUAACCUUUCAGGUACUGUGAAAGGGGAAAAUGCCUUAGUAGCCUAGUUUCACCGCUAUAAGCUUGCAACUGUGAAGUACCUUCUUGAUUUCUUGGCUGGCACUGAAAAUUGAUGAGGUCACUAUGGAGAACCUUGAAGUAUCCUACCAACUUGUUUUCUUUCACAAAAGAAGCAAAUGUAAAGUGGUUGAUUGGUAAAAAAUGAUUUAUAAAAGAAUUUGAAGAUGCACAGGCGAAAUGCUGCUGACUUGCUCAAUCACUUUAAAUGGGAGAACACUACUUGGUUAUGCAUCGAUCUGUGGUUGAACCCUCUGAAACUUUGGUCACUAUAUUUGGGUGAUACAUCUUAAAUUUUAUACCAAGCUAGCCUGGAUGGUCAUUUUCUGUCAUUUUCUUAGUUGGAUGACUCUCAGUAUCAAUUCAAUUUGAUGGUGGGUUGGUAUCAACAAAAUCAACCUGUCCUUGCAGUUGAGUCCAAUUCUGGAAUUCAUUUUAGAGAAGAUUACAACCAAAUGUCUCUUUGUUUUCUUCUGACCAUCAAGAAGUCGGGAGUGUUUUCACUAUUGGCUACACAGAAAUUAGUGAUCAAUAUCCAGUUACAGAUUUUUUCCCCCCCCUCAAGCUAGAAUGGUAGGGUACUCCCGAUGGGUUGAAGACGAUAUAAACAGGUGUUCCAUCUGCAAAUAGACAACUGUCACUUGUGGUCACUCAUAGAAGUUUGUACUACAAAUAGCAGGUACAGGAUCUUAGUUAUCAGAAGCUGGAGUGGUUGCAGGAGUGGAUUUGUCUUCAGGUUCAAGGAGGCAGAUCUCUCAAAAAGAAUUCAGAAUAGGAAGUGCUUAGCAAGAGUUGUGGAAGUCACCUAAGAGAUCAUGGACCAGUUCAAGAUGUGGGAAGGCUUGGCUGCUUGCAACUGUGUGAUGGAUAACGGGUUCCAUCUUAUAUCAGCUGGAUAGUUCUGAAUUAUGAUAUAGAGCAUCUAAUUAAUGCCCAUAUAAGAGGUGCACUUCCGAGUCCAUAUUAUUUUGGUGUUAUGUCACAACAAUGUGUGGCACAUUUUUUUUCAAAUAUUCGUAGACUCAUGGCCUGAAUACCAAGUCUCAUGGUGUCCUCUGAUAUCAGGUAGUUGACACUGAAUAUGGUAUGCCUUUUUUCAAUUGUUCCAAUAGAUACACCAGAUGCAAAGAUUGUGCAGAACUGUCCUAUAAUAUUGAAAUGUGUUUGACUUGGUCAUAUUGUAAAGGUCAUAUAUGUUAAUUACUUUCCCAAAUAA